AAUGGCAUCAUUUUAUUGUGACCCAUAAAACAAAAAAGAAAAGUGAUAAAACAUAAAAAAAAACUUUCUAUAAAAAAAAAAAACAUUAAGAAACUUGCCCCUUCCUUCUCUCACAGAUCAUUCUAGGGCUCCUGACAGAAAAACCAAAUACCUUUUCCUCUUUCCAUUUUUGUAGAAUUUCAAAUCUUUCUUUCCUCAAUCUUUCACAAUGAUCUUUUCCUGUGAAGUUCUUGAUUUUAAAUCACCCUUUCUUCACUACUAGCUUAUCUCUUCUUCAAUUUUCUCUACCGACAUUCAAUUACUCUCCCUAUUCGGUGAGAUCUCUCUCUCUCUUUUAUGACUUUGGUUAUGAUGACUGGUCACUGGCUUGUUUAGGGUUUCAAUCUUUACAGAUCUUGUGGCAGAAAAAAUCAAGUCAAAGCAAGAAAAAUGGUUAGAGGAAAGAUAGAGAUGAAGAAAAUAGAAAACGCAACGAGUAGACAAGUGACUUUCUCAAAAAGAAGAAAUGGUUUGUUGAAGAAAGCUUAUGAGCUCUCAGUACUCUGCGAUGCUCAACUCUCUCUCAUCAUCUUCUCCCAGAGAGGAAGGCUUUAUGAAUUCUCUAGCUCUGAUAUGCAGAAGACGAUCGAACGCUACCGCAAGUACACAAAAGAUCAUGAAACCAGCAAUCACGACUCACAAAUUCACUUGCAGCAAUUGAAACAAGAAGCAAGCCACAUGAUAACAAAGAUUGAACUCCUUGAGUUUCACAAGCGGAAGCUAUUGGGACAAGGAAUUGCUUCUUGUUCUCUAGAAGAGCUUCAAGAAAUCGAUAGUCAACUCCAAAGAAGUCUGGGAAAGGUCCGAGAAAGAAAGGUACAUAUACUUCAUCACUAUCUAAUUGGUAUAUGAUGAUGAUCUAAUGUAACUAUACAACACAUAUUGACUUGAAUAAUCUCCAUCUCAGUCAUCAAGUUAUAGUCCUCAUUUAGAUAUGAACUUGAACACAGAUCUUUGCAACCAUUUAGCGUCAUAUCUCAACCAAUAUACUAACAUUGAUCAAGAGUCAAGUCACAUGUGUGUUUGUAUAUUAGUGUUGUUAUCAUGGAAAUGAAAAAAAAAGUUGGACAAAAUGUUUUAUAGGCUCAAUUGUUCAAGGAGCAGUUGGAGAAACUAAAAGCAAAGGUUUGAUACAUUAUGUUAUAAUAUAAGAUAUGUAUAUCAUACAUGCAAUUUUUUAACUAGCUUUUUUAUAUGAAAUUGGUGAAAGAGUGUCGGUUGUGUUUCAGGAGAAACAAUUGUUAGAAGAGAACGUCAAGUUACAUCAAAAGAAUGUUAUUAAUCCAUGGAGAGGAUCAUCGACUGAUCAGCAGCAAGAGAAAUACAAAGUUAUAGAUUUGAAUUUGGAAGUUGAAACUGACUUAUUCAUCGGUUUGCCAAAUAGAAACUGCUAGUAACAUUAUAUAAUAUGUUUAUUUAUUUAUCAUGAAAUAUUCAAAAUCAUUCAAUAAAUUGUGAGGUAAUGAUUUGGGAUAGUAUUUUCUGAGUUGUUAUAAUUCUAGUCCUUAUACAAUUAAAGAGAUAUAUAUAUACAGUAUAUUCAAAAUCCUUCAACUAAUUGUGG